AUGAAAUUAUUUAGUCUUCUUUAUAACCCUUUAGCACAAUAUAUAAGUUUUAUAUUCAUUUGUUUACUCAUAACAUCAACAACAUCACAAUUUAAUUACUUUAAUUACACAGAGAGUAUCUCAGGCAAAUACGCUUACAGUGACUUUCUUGUACUAAACAUUCAAACUUAUGAUGACGGAACAACUCUUGUUCAUGUUGCACGAAAUAUAUCGGCAUCAGCAAAAACAUCCAAUUUCAAUUGUUCAGGACUGAACUUAGAACCAAUAUUACGGAUAAGAGUUAUUCAAUUAAAUGGAUCGGUUAUCGAAAUCAAUUCACAAUCCAAUUUAAAUUUUGAUCCAGUGAAUUUUUGUAUAAUUAAUGAUACACUUGGUAAUUUAGUGAAUCCUAUUACAAUAUAUCCUUUACGAGAACAGUUUAUUCUAGUAAAUUAUAUUGUAGCUAUAAAUUCUUCCGAUCCUACAACUUAUGAAGAAUGGGGGCAGGUAAUUGACUGGAGUGGCAACAGUCUAAG